GAUAUAGGGCUACACUGUUGACAGUUGAGGUUACGCCGAUUACGACAGGGAGAAACGAGGACUCUGUAUAUAUAUAUCACUUAUGCAAUAGUGGGCUUAUCGGGUAGAUAUGGAAGGAGAGGUCGUCCUUUCCGAUGGGAUCAGGAAACGCUUGAAUUACUUUCUGAUGCCCACGAUACAAAUGGAAGCAAGUCACGAAUCGUCUCAAAGCCACGUGGGUACUGUCCUCUCUCCCGCCAAUUUCCCGCCAUAUUACCCGGAGCAGACGACACAACCCCCUGCCCAGAACGGAGCUCCAUGUUUCUACCUCGGUGACCGGCCGAACUUUGAGCGAGACCCUCUUCAGAUAUUUCCCAGGACAGAUCCGGAAGAUCAACAGAUACCGUUCGCCGUAUUGGAAUAUGCGCCCGAGUUUGGUCGACAGCGAUUGUUGUAUGCACCCCUCACGCCCCCUCUCACCCCCCAAACACCACAGCAGGCCCGGGGGUACGUCCCGCCUGUCUACAGAGACACCUCUCAUACGGAGGCACACAGAGAGCCAACCCAUCGAGACAGCUGGCUUCUGUUCGACCACCGCCCUGCGGCGACCAGGCCUCUGUAUGUCCAGACACAACCAUGGCUACCCUCUGACCCCUCCCCAAAUGUAGUGUCAAGGCAACAGAUGCUGGAGAUACCAAUCCCUGGUAGUAUGACGCCAGAAUCCCGCCAGGUGAUGUUGGAGAGAGUGACGACAGUAGUCGCAGAACACACGGACGAGCAAAGAGAAGAAUUCCCGCUCCAAGAUCCGCCCAAGUCGAAAUAUAAACGUCCGUUGUCAGAGGACAGUUCUGUCCCUAACGUUUCCAUGACAACAAGGUACGACAACCCACCCCAGUCACCCAGGCACGCCUACCCGGCACCCAAAACACCCCAGCCGGAAUCUGCUCACAAAAGCUUCAACUUCACCAUGGAUGAAGAUAGAGGUCAAAUGUCCCCCAAAAGGGUCAAGGCGGACAACGGCGUUGCCAGGCCCCCGAUGUCCCCGUUAGUCCACUCAGAUGUCCAGCAGGCCCGACCUUACCCCCCGCGACAUAACGACCAACCCCCGAUCUUCCAAUUCCCCGAUGUUUCUGAAACCAGGGAGGCAUGUUCAAGGCUGUGCUCCAGCGACGACCGACAGAUGUAUCUACAAAGGGUACCACGAUGCAACGACGAGAGGCUUCUGGAUCACUCUCAGUGGUACCCGGGUGACCAAAGACUCUCCGACCGCCAGCACUAUCAACCAACAAGAGACGUAUACGGAGAAAGACCCCCGGUUCCUGCAAUGGUUCCAAGAGAAUUUACCAAGAACCCGUUUCAAAGAUAUGUCCCUGGGCAAUGUUCUCCAGAGAAGUAUUCCUGGAGGCCGAGCACCUAUGUCCGGAGUGACAUGCCGGUUGGUCAGAUACAACAGUUCCAGAGGGGAAGUGAGGUCAGACAGAUGACCAACUCGAGUCUCAAACGAACGCCAACGAUGAGGAGCCAGAGCAACAUCGAGUACUCUCCCAGCAAGGGCGAGCUGGAACAGAUGGAGAAGGAGAAGUACUCGCGGUCAAUUUCCAAACCGGAAGGUCCAGUUGGGAUGCAGCAUCUACAACGGCAAUACGCCACUAAGGACAACGGCUACUGCGGCUACAUUGGCGAGGCUUCCUACCCAGCAGAACGACCUGUAGAAGUACCUUGGCAGAGCGUGUACCAAGACGCCAGAAGACAGGGGGCUUGCCGACAGCUUUUCGGAACUUCAGAACCAUGUUAUGGCAGAGGUCAGACCUACCGUAGUGACCCAUACACGUCACACAUCUCUCAACGAGGCCAACUGGUUAGUUCCAACGAUGAUUACGACAUCUAUAUCGUUCCACACGAGCCUCGGACUGAAGCAGUGACGUCACGUCCGCCGACAUCGGAAGCUGAUAAUGAGUUGGUCUAUGUCCAGCCACGUCGGCAGUCGAUUUCCUGUCCCCGAGAUACUUGCAGAACUGUAUCGAUGGUGCAGGGAAGAUCUUCCCCGGAGAAGAAGCAUCAGAAAGGUCAGCAGAUCGACAUCAAGAUUAAAUGCCAGGACGUUGCUCAUAAUAUACAGGGUCUGUCGGAGAAACUUCAGAUGAAGAAAGCGACAAGCCCCUGUUUUUGUGAAAACGUCGAAGCGAAAAUAAAGAUAAUAGCCCAAACGGCUUACAGCAAAAUCCGAAGAGACGACACUAGUCGUGAAAGUCACGAACGUUUUGAUAGAGAAAUUAAGAAAACGAACACCAUGUUGAAGAACGCGCUGGAAACGGCUAAAGCUAUGAGGGACUUAUGUGGACGACACAGAACGGUCACUGACAUUUACACCGGAAGCGUUGUCAUAGCAAUGCAGUGCACAACUCUCGCGUCACUCGAGACUUUACGAGAGCAGUAUAAAACCGGCGAGCUGAAACAACUGUUGGGUCAAUGUUUUGUAACCGAGAGGUUGAAAAGAGAGUUUGGAAAGUAUAUUUUGCUUUCCGUGACUAUAUCAGACAAUGAUUUUGAAAGGUGUAGGAGAAAUCUAGAAGAACCUCUUCAUGACGUCAGGAGCCAACGAAGGAAACCUCGGACAACUGCAAUGCUCUCUCCAUCAAAGAGGAUCACAAAGAGCGCCGAUGACCUGGAGAACAUCCCGUCCUUGACGCCAACCCCAGUGAAUCACUGUCGCAGCGCCUCCACCCCAGUCCUGAUGACGUCAUCACCACUCUCUAGUCCCACCCACCUCGCAAGGUCCCCCUCUACCCCCACCAAAAGGGACCGUGUCUUUUCCUUCACCGGCAAGUGCCCUACCCCAACCCGACACAGAAACCUCUCACUAUCGUCAGCAGGGGAACUGUCACCACGAAGGAUAUUUCAACAAAUAAACACUGACGACCCACCGUGUUCUCCGUCCAAGAAAAACUUCACAUUCAUCGACCAACAGUCUUCUCCCAAGCUCCGUAAGAGCCUUGAAGACAUAACUUCAGAUUUCGGGAACGUGUCUGUACACCGCUGACCGACGUCUGAUUAAACAGAGCAGACAUACACGAGAGUCACAGUCACAGAAUCAAACCUCACUCUCCAUACGUCCAACGAACAAAUGCUUUAUGUACAUAUAUUACAUAUGUGUCACAAAUGGCCCAAGCAUGCGCCUCUUUGUUAUAGGCAUGAAAAUGUUCUUAUGUAUGGUGCCUUCCUUGGAUCCCAGGUGAGGCGAGGUGCAAUGGGGGUUUCAGGUCGCGUUCAAGACUAUUGAACUUAUAUAUCGACGUGCGUGUGUGUGUG